GUUGGAUGAGUUGCUUUGGUCCGAACAACUUGAUUUCUUCCGAGUAGGCCACUACCAAAAUAAUCUGCCGUCUUCAUGUCAAAUCCACCUGCUCCAUCUUCGUCUUCACGUGUCACUUUUGCGUACUUGACUCAUAGAAACCUUGGGACGGUCAAGAAACUCAAUUCGGUCUUGUUUCCCAUCAAGUACAGCGACAAGUUCUACCAGGAUAUCAUAGCUCCCGAGGUCGAAGACUUCUGCCAGCUCAUCUAUUAUAACGAUGUCCCUGUGGGCAACAUCUGCUGCAGAUUAGAGAACAAAGAUCUGUAUCUCAUGACUAUGGGCGUCCUGGCACCAUAUCGCUCCAAACAGCUUGGCUCUCAGGCCCUGAAACGCGUUAUUAAGGCAGCUGCCUCUCAUUCCAAACCCAAAAUCAGACGUAUAUACCUUCACGUACAAGUCUCGAACACUGAUGCCAAGAAGUUCUACGAGAGACACGGCUUCAAAGAAGUGGGCAUCAAAGAGGACUACUACAAGAAGAUUAUGCCACGCGAUGCGUGGAUAUUAGAAAGGAUCAUUGAAUCUGAAGACAAACAGGACCAGGAGAAGCUUCAAUUGUGAAAUUGCAACCACUGCUACGAUAUCUGACCAUGCU